UUCACCACUGCAGACACGACUGCGCCUCAUCUCUCUUUCGCUGUUCCUCCCCUCCUAUCUCUCUCUCUCUCUCUCUCUCUCUCCCCCCAAAGAAGAAGAGUCUGACGAAUACUAUCCGAAUCGUACCUUGAAGAACAAGGGAAACAAGGUGGCAAAGAGCUCUCCAGCCUAAUUAAGCUGAUGUUGAUCCUAUAGCAACGGCAAUUAGUGGUCAUAGAGCUGCUGAAGAAGGUUUCUUGGGCCUUUUGGUUGUUAUAUAUACAAGUAACCUAGUUCUCUGACUGCUUAUUGGAGAUUUGAAAUUUCAAGGCUAGCUCUCAUUUCUUUAAGAUUCGCUAAAUGGUAAUUUACGACCUGUAACAAAAGUGAUUCAGCAAGGUCCUUGGGGCAGCAUCUUAUGUACUGAAUCACAUUCGGUAGCUAUCCAAUCACUAGUUAGAUGCAAACAUCCCAGCAACAUCAAUGUUCGGGCAGUAUCCGCAGGGACUACCACCAGCAUAUGCAGAAUGUGAAGCCAUACUGCUGCUCUUCUUUCCAGAUUUUGAACAACAGUGUGCAUGACAAUAAUGGUAGCCAAGCUCAAGUUUCUUCUGGAUCUUAUGACGAACCGUUCUUUACAUUGGAAUCAUAUCCAGCACCUGGUUUUGCUGUCUAUGAUUCCCCUUCUGCUGCGAGCAUCUCAUCUAACUGCACUCCGUUUUCUCCACAGGGUUCUCAGUCAUACCUCUUAGAUCUACGUCAUUCAUCUGAUAAUCCAUAUGGAUCCCCAGUUAGUGGGUCUUCUUUUGUAAAUGGUGAUGGUGAACUGAUGCAUGUUCUUAGAGAUUUGGAGACUAAAUUGUUGGGGCCAGAAUCUGAUAUUGAUGACAGCUGCUGCUCCUUCAAUGGAGCAGUCCACCAUGAAUAUUCCUUCACGUGUUCAAACCAAAUUCUCUCCAGCUUAGACUUGAAACAAAUGCUCAUUGCCUGUGCAGAAGCAUACUCAGAUGAAGAUAUGCCAACAAUGGCAAGAUUCAUGGAUGUCUUGGAACGCGUGGUUUCGGUCACUGGGGAGCCUAUGCAACGUUUGGGUGCAUAUGUCUUGGAAGGGCUUAGGGCAAGGAUGUUAUCCUCCGGGAGUACAAUUUAUAAAAAACUGAAUUGCAAUGAACCAACAAGCUCAGAGCUGAUGUCAUACAUGCAUGUUCUCUAUCAGAUUUGCCCUUACUACAAGUUUGCCUACAAUUCCUCCAAUGUUAUUAUUUGGGAAGCUAUGGAAAAUCAAAGCAGAAUCCACAUAAUUGAUUUUCAGAUUGCGCAGGGCAGCCAGUGGGUUACCCUUAUUGAGGCUCUAGCUAAAAGGCCUGGUGGGCCUCCUUACAUCCGCAUCACAGGUGUAGAUGAUUCCCAGUCGGCUCACGCUCGAGAUGGAGGACUCGAACUUGUUGGGCAGAGACUAGCAAAAUUUGCUGCAUCAUGCGGUGUCCCAUUUGAAUUUCACGCUGCUGCAAUGUCCGGAUGUGAGGUUGAACUAGAAAAUCUUAGAGUUCAACAUGGAGAAGCGCUGGCUGUAAACUUUCCUUAUGUGUUACACCACAUGCCAGAUGAGAGUGUUACCACUAGAAAUCAUCGAGACCGGCUGUUAAGGCUGGUCAAGAGCUUGUCGCCCAAGGUUGUUACCCUCAUUGAGCAAGAAUCGAACACAAACACUGCCGCAUUCUUUCCCCGGUUCCGGGAGACAUUGGACUACUAUUCAGCUAUGUUUGAAUCGAUUGAUGCAGCUCGGCCAAGGGAUGACAAACAGCGUAUUAGUGCAGAGGCACAUUGCGUGGCUCGGGACAUUGUCAACAUAAUAGCAUGUGAGGGAGUUGAUAGGGUGGAAAGGCAUGAGCUUUUUGGGAAGUGGAGGGCAAGACUUACAAUGGCUGGGUUUAAGCAAUGCCUAUUGAACCCCACUGUGACCAUCACUAUUAAGGAAGUUCUGAAGGGUUAUAGCAAGAAUUACAGACUUGAAGAGAGGGAUGGGGCUCUUUAUCUUGGCUGGAAGAACAGGGUUUUGGCAACUUCUUCUGCAUGGAGUUGAAAACAUCUUUUCAUGAUGGCUGCCUAAAUUGUUUUAAGUUUUGCUAGGUUCAUAUAGUCAUUGUUAAUCUUUUAGAGCUACAUCUCUCUCUGUCUCUCUCUCCCCCAAGUAAUCACUGUGCUCAGGCUUCAAUCUUGACAAUUUGUUGUGCAUGUCUGCCUGUAAAUGAAACUAAUGAGCAGUUGAUGAUG